UUCGACGAUUACAUCAUUUACGUUUACCACCAAAGGCGAUGACUCAAAACCAUCGUUAGAUGAGUGUAAAACAGCGUGUGAUGAUGCUCCUGGCUGUUUUCUGACGGGUAGUGUAGAAAAAGUAUGUUUAAUGCUGGUAGCUACGGAUGUCAGUAACACAACAAUCGCCAUUAAAAAUUGUCCAUUUGAAAAAACAAUUGACAGUAAUUCACAUAAUGUAGGCAACGAUAAUUCCGAUCCGACAGAAUGUGCUACAGUACCAUCAGUGUCAUCUUCGUCAACUUGUACACCUGUCACGAGUACAACUACAGAGACGUCAACAGCUACAGAGACUUCUACUGAAACGUCCACUGAAACAACAACAGAUACAUAUACAGAAACGUCCACUGAAACAACAACGGAUACAUCCACAGACUUUUCGACAACAACAGAGACUUCGACAACAACAUCGGUUAGUACCUAUACCGAAACGACUACAGAAACGAUAACAAUUGCAGCAACGGUUCCUCCUGUUGCCACAGUUGCCCAAACAGUGGGAAACAUUAUAACAACCGUAUUACAGAUUAGUACUGUGACAAUUGGUGGCUCCGCAUUGGUCGUUUCCACGGUAACAGAAACACAGACCCAGUCAUGUGAUACCGUAACAGUUGACGUCACAGGGUCGUGUUCGUCGACAGUUCUGUACUCUUCUUCGGCGUGUCCUUCAGAGACGGCCCAAACUGCGGAUACAACCAUACAGUCUUCGUUCAGUUCCCUUCAUGUAAAUGAGACAGUUGCUUCUAGUUCUACAGGGAUUCGAGGAGUUAUUGGAUCGGACGGGAUUAUGAGGUCAGAAGUGUGUCGUGACGUCAUCGUUGUGACCCCUGACCCCGUCGCAGAGCAAGCGGCAGUAAAAAGUAUCGUGAACAAGUUAACAGUUGACAAGAAAAACAUAUCUGCUGUCGUUCAGAAAAAAGUAAGCGCACAAGAUAAACGGUCCAGUUCUGUUGCUAUUGGUUACAUGGGAAUAGUUUUUCUGAUACUCCCGUUACUAUUAAUCAUUGCUGUAGAUUUACCGACAUGCAUUCAGGGCGGAAGGGACGUAAUCAAAUUAUGUAAGGACGAAGACAGGUCUUGAUAUGUGUGUUAACAGCGACAUAAAACUAACACAAUUAUAUGAGUUAUACUCUUGGGACAGA